AUGGAUCUGAUGCAUGCUGGAGCCGGACCGGAACCAGGGAGCACUGCCAAGCCCUUCAUAUAUUUUAGCACGAGAUCGAGACAUCAAUGGAAUGUGGCUGAAUAUGGUAGAUCGAGUGAAAGUUCGCUCCUGUUCCGCUGGAGCGGUACUAGCUCGACUUGCGUGGGUAUAAAGAACUCCAACUUCUCCCGAAAAUUUUUCUUUCUUCCUCUUAUCAACACCACCACUCCUCCGUCACAACCCGAACAUCAACAAGCCAUGGACGUCGCUAAGAUCAAAGCAGCUAGCGCUUCGUCUACCGUUGUGCGAAGCGUAAAAGGCUUAGCACAAAAGGUUUUGGGAGUCAAAACUUCUUCAGCUGGUGGCGCGAUUCUUCCUAAUCCCAAUUCACAAAGCAACCAUCCUCUUGCAGCUUCCGCCAACGACACCGCAAGCCCCUUCACGACCCACGACCAAGCCGUUACUGCCGGAACAAUGUUCUCUCCCACUCAUGCUGAGUUUACGUUGGGCAAAGGAAAGGGAAAGGAGGACAAUGUCGAACGUCUGGUUAUGGGUGGGGGUCAAGCGUUGACACGUGAUGAGCAGAGAGCUCGUGCCCGCGAACAUGUACGACUGAGCAUGGAUACAUACCAACCACUGAAUGCUAAGGCCGAGAAGGACAACCUUCAUUCCAAACCAAGCACUUCUUCCCUUCGUUCUCUUGCUGGUUCUGGUGUCCGUCAUUUGAUGGAUCAAUUUGCCGGCCCCGAAUUUCAACCUCUUCAAAACGACUUGAAGACCGUUGCCAACCAUGUUGCUGCUCUCGAAACUGGCCAAAGCGCCCAAAUUGACUAUCUCGAGCGCGCAAACUUCGACUUGCACUACGACAUUCAAACCCUGCAACACCAAGUCAAUGUCCUGAAGGAGUCGAACAAUAAGGCUGAACGCCAGAUUCUGGAUCUCUCGGCCGCUCUCAGUGAUUCAAGUGCCAACAGUGCAGCAUUUUUCACUGCAGCUCGGGAGAAUUCAAAGUUGACGGUGGAGAAGGUCCUUCGGGACAUCAAAAUCAAGUCAGCGAUUGACUUGUUGAAGAAGUCUGGCGAGGACUCAGAGAUUGUCAAGGCUGCCUUGGCAAUUUUGGGAGAGGUUGUUGGUGUUCCCGCCCCUGUUGGACAUCAAAACCCAACCGUUGAAGAUGCCCCUGACAGUGAUGACCAUUGAAAACUCUUUCGGUUUGGUUUUUAUCUAGGGUUCUGGAGUCUGGC